AUGUCCACUGGCGAACCAUGCUUCAACGAGCCAACAUCAACGUUUCUUGAGACGAGCCCCCUUGUCUAUACUGCACCACAAGCUGGCAUGGCUCCUCGGUUAAGCUUUGAUAAGCGAUAUCGUGUACCUGACCCGACAGCUCUCGGUGUCUGCAAAGCCUCCCGCCAAGUAGCUCUGAGUAAAUAUCAGCUUUGUUUUGGCACCUCUCAAAUCUACGCUGAUCUCACAACUGAUAUCAUUUUCUUUCACACGUUCGCGCAAGACAUUAUGGAGUUCCUUACCGAUUGGCUGGAUACUUGGUUGAGUCGUCGUAACUUGGCCGAUUCACCACCUCGCAUCAUCGCGGACUUAUUGCGUGUUCAGAAUCUUGGUUAUGCGUACGAAGGUGUUUAUGACACCUUUGAUCCUGCCAUUUUCGAUGAACACGGGGUUUAUGGCAAUUUACUACAACAUUGUCACUUGGACUCAUACGAGGGUUUGAAAACAGUUGUUUUAUGCGACAGUGUGGGGUUCAACGUCGACGACGAUAGCUCUGAGCCUGGUGUAAUACAGUUCGACGACUCGGCGAACUUGGAGCAUAGAGAGUCAUAUCAAUGCGCGACUCGAAUGAUCAAGCGUUUCGAGGAAGAUGAAGAUGAGACCAGCGAUGACAAGCCUAAACCAAAGAUCCGGUUUGCUCCAGUGAAAUUGUCAUAUAACGUCCCUACAUUCUGGGACUUCAUCAAAAAUCCAUAUGUAAGCUCCUCUGCUGAUCAUCAAGAGAACUUACUAACGCGACGCGGCUAGGCAUGA